CUGUGCAACGUGAAGGAGACGCGUCAGCACGCGGAGGAGGAGGUCGGCGCCUUCACCAAGCUCAUCGAGGCCAUGGGCUUCACGGGAACGCUGAAAUACAACAAAUGGAAAAUCAAGAUCGCUGCGUUGCGCAUGUACACCUGCUGUGUCGAGAGGAUCAACUACGACGACUUCUUUGACAAGUGCUCCCUCCCCGACACACUCAACUCCUGGUUCUUGGUAGCGCAGCUACACGUGUGGAUGUGUUUGGUGCGUAUGCGUCAGGAGGGCAGAGAAGGGAAGUACAUGUGCCGUUACAUCGUCCACUCCAUGUGGGAGGACGUGGAGCAGAGGAGUAAGAUCAUGGGGAUCGAUGCCAGCCACAGGAAGGAGGGAUUGAAGUCCAUGACGGAGACGUUCUACGCCGCCAUCUUUGGAUACGACGAGGGCAUCCUGUCGGAUGACGGCGUGCUGGCUGCGGCUCUGUGGAGGAACCUCUUCAACUGCGAGUGUGACGACCCUCGGCAGCUGGAGCUCAUGGUGGGAUACGUACGCAAGCAGGUGAGCUCCGCCCUGUGUGUGUGUGUGUGUGUGUGUGUGUGUGUGUGUGUGUG